AUGGCCAAGGAUUAUGAAGAAUAUUCGGAUUUCGACGAGGAGCCCCAAGCCAGAACGGAGCAUGAGAAAAUUUCGGCAUUCGGAUAUCAGCACCACGGAUUCUUUCGAGCAGAAAUUCCAAUUAUGCCUCUGACCCUCGCGGUUUUUUGUUGUUUUCUGAAUAUGGUCGUUCCGGGGACCGGCACUUUUUUGAGCGGGAUUUCGUUCCUCCUCUUCCCCCUACUCAUCGGUUUCGUUUGGAGCGUCAUCUGGGGCAUCAUGUUUAUUCAAAUCGCUCGAAACUGGUUCAUCUCUGACCUCCAUCAUCGAACGGACUUUUUGACGUGGUGUCCGUGCAGUAAUUGGUAG